CAAAGUGAAAGAGACAACGAGAGGGCGGAAUAGGAAGGUAAAAGAAAUGAUUAGAUUUUGAUCUCCUUUUGCUUUCCCACGCGCAGAAGUGAAAAGGAGUUAUUAUAGCUCUUGCAUAGAAGAGGGAUUCCUUCUUCCUUCUUUUGUAACUUUUCUUGCCCAUCCGCUAUUCUUCCCUAAAUUCCAUCAAGCUAGCCAUUAUAGCGACCCUAGCAGCAAAAAAAAGCUAUUUUUAUCUCACUCGGAGUAGCGAAGGGGAAGGCGAUGGGAGGCUGCUGCUCGUCGCCGAAGAAAGAGCUACCGGAGAAGAAGCAAAUCCGGCUUCAGCAGAAUCAGCGCCGAUCUUUCUCUAUUCAGCAGGCACCACAGCCUUUUGGAGCGGCGGAGGCAGUCAGCGAGGUGCCGGCCUUCUCCGAGUUCUCGUUCGCUGAUUUGAAGGCGGCCACUAAUGGCUUCAGCUCCGAGAACAUCGUCUCGGAAAGCGGAGAGAAGGCCCCCAACCUAGUCUACAAGGGCCGGCUACAGAGCCGCAGAUGGAUCGCAGUCAAGAAGUUCACCAAGAUUGCCUGGCCCGAUCCCAAGCAGUUCGCCGACGAGGCAUGGGGAGUGGGGAAGUUCAGACAUAGGAGGCUGGCGAAUUUAAUCGGCUACUGCUGCGAUGGGGAUGAGCGGCUUCUGGUGGCCGAGUACAUGCCUAAUGACACGCUUGCCAAGCACCUCUUUCACUGGGAAAAUCAAACUAUUGAAUGGGCUAUGCGUCUAAGGGUUGCAUAUUAUAUAGCUGAAGCACUGGAAUAUUGCAGCAGUGAAGGACGACCUUUGUAUCAUGAUCUAAAUGCCUACAGAGUUCUUUUUGAUGAGGAUGGUGAUCCUCGCCUUUCUUGUUUUGGUCUUAUGAAAAACAGCAGGGAUGGAAAAAGCUACAGCACAAACCUAGCUUACACGCCUCCAGAAUACUUAAGAAAUGGAAGGGUUACUCCUGAGAGUGUGAUAUUUAGUUUUGGUACUGUUCUCUUGGAUCUGCUUAGUGGGAAGCAUAUACCUCCUACUCAUGCUCUUGAUAUGAUAAGAGGUAAGAACAUCCUACUUUUGAUGGAUUCACAUUUGGAGGGGAAAUUUUCUACAGAAGAAGCUACUGCUUUGAUGGACCUUGCUUCUCGUUGUUUGCAGUAUGAACCAAGAGAUCGCCCCAAUACAAAAGAUCUAGUUACUACACUUGCCCCCUUACAAACUAAAACCAGUGUGCCUUCUCAUGUGAUGCUCGGAAUUUCUAAACAUGGAGAGACCCCUCCUACUCCACCGCACCCCCUUUCUGCCAUGGGUGAAGCUUGCUCGAGGAUGGAUCUUACGGCCAUCCAUCAAAUCUUAGUAAUGACACACUACAGGGAUGACGAAGGAACUAAUGAGUUGUCAUUCCAGGAAUGGACACAACAAAUGAGGGACAUGCUUGAUGCAAGAAAACGAGGAGACUUGGCAUUCCGAGAUAAAGAUUUUAAGACUGCCAUUGAUUGUUACUCUCAGUUCUUAGACGUGGGAACGAUGGUCUCACCGACCGUAUACGCUCGGCGGAGCCUUUGCCAUCUCCUCUGUGAUCAACCUGAUGCUGCUCUUCGGGAUGCCAUGCAAGCACAGUGCAUAUAUCCAGAAUGGCCUACAGCAUUCUACAUGCAGGCUGUAGCGUUAGCUAAGCUGAACAUGAACAGUGACUCUGCUGAUAUGUUAAAUGAAGCAGCUGGGCUUGAAAAGAAGAGACAAAAUGGUGGGAGAGGUACUUGAACUGUCUUAACUGUUUAUUCAGGUGUGAUAUUUUGUGAUUACUAGGGGUUUUUUUGUUAUAAAAUGUGAUGUAGAGGAAGCUCUUGGAUUACAUUAAUGGGUUUCUUUUACUCAUUAAUGGUGGUUCUAAUUCUUUACUUUGAUGUAUAUGAACAGAGGAUCAAAACAGACAUUUUGAACUUUUCAAAAGAUCUCAUUUUUUGCUUAGAUAGUGCUGA